GGAAAUACAUGAGUCGUGAAUCGAGAGAAACUAACCAUACUGCUGAAUUCAUUCCGCACGACAGCUUCUGUCUCCAUCGCAGGGGUUUUUAGUUCAUAUUUUCCUAUUAAUUUUACACCCGUAUAGUACCGUUACCGCCAUCAAGGCUCGCGAAAAUGUUCCGUGAAUCGGGACUUGCCUGACCUGCGAUAUUUCGAGCGAGACCGCUGGCGCUUCGCGUGACAUCACAGCCGAAUCCCACCGGAAAAUAGCGCAGCUUUCGGUGUACAUCAGUCGGAAGGGUCCGAAUGUUCAGUAUGGCUUCGGAAGAAGAAACAAACAAACGGCGGGUUCGGGAGCUUCUGGACAGACCUGGGAAUGAGUGCUGCUCUGACUGCCUUGCCCCAGGUCCAGAGUGGGCGUCCUUCACCCUGGGUGUCUUCAUAUGUCAGAGCUGCUCAGGCAUCCACCGCAGCAUUCCUCAGAUCAGCAGAGUCAAAUCUGUCUUCAUUGACCCCUGGGAAAAAUCUGAGGUGGAGUUGAUGGCCUCCAUCGGCAACAGUUCUGCAAAAGGCAAAUAUGAACAGAUGGUGCCUGCGUUCUAUUAUUCCCCAACACACACAGACUGUCAGGUGCUGCGGGAGCAGUGGAUCCGAGCCAAAUAUGAGAGGAAUGAGUUUAUUUAUUUGGAGAGACAAGAGCCAUACUCAGCAGGUUACCGUGAGGGGUUUCUAUGGAAACGAGGGCGAGACAAUGGCCAGUUCCUGAGUCGAAAAUUUAUUCUUUCAGAGCGAGAGGGAGCAAUGAAGUAUUUCAACAAGCACGAUGCUAGGGAACCCAAGGCCUUGAUGAAGAUCCAAACCAUUAAUGCCACCUUUCAGCCAAACAAGAUUGGACACCCUCAUGGUCUCCAGAUCACCUACCUAAAGGACAACAGCACCAGAAAUAUUUUUGUGUACCAUGAGGAUGGAAAGGAAAUAGUCGACUGGUUCAAUGGGAUACGAGCUGCUAGGUUCCAUUACUUACAAGUUGCUUUUCCUGGAGCCCCUGAUACUGAACUGGUGCCCAAACUGACAAGGAACUACAUAAAAGAGGGUUACAUGGAGAAGACAGGUCCAAAGCAAACAGAGGGAUUUAAAAAACGUUGGUUCACCCUGGAUGACAGGAGACUCAUGUACUUUAAAGACCCCUUGGAUGCCUAUGCACGAGGGGAAGUGUUCAUUGGCAGUAAGGAAAGUGGCUACACUGUAGUACCAGGCCUGCCUCCCUCCACGCAAGGCUACCACUGGCAGUUUGGCAUCACCAUUGUGACACCAGACAGAAAAUUCCUCUUUGCUUGUGAGACAGAGGCGGAUCAGAAAGAGUGGAUGGCUGUAUUUCAGAGUGUCAUCAACAGACCCAUGCUGCCACAGGAGUAUGCAGUGGAGGCUCGCUUCAAGCAUAAGCCCUGAUUGUUUCUGGGAAUCGAGCUCAGAGAUGCUAUGAAAGCCUAUAGCAACGCACAGCACCAAAGCAUCAUAGUGGGGUGCAGAGAGAAACAGCGACAACAGCUCCAGAAUACUCUGACUGGGCCGAAACAAUGACUGUGCAAACUCUGCUUUAAAAUACUGCACACUAGCACAUCCAACGUUUUAUCCCAGUUGCUUCAAAUAAAUAAUGAUUCUUUAAAGUCUUUCCUGGAAAAGAUGUAAUUUGAUGGUGACAUUAUGUAAAAGUGACAGAAAUGAACAGGGGACUCAUUUAUAAAACUUUGCAUGAAGUCUAGACGGAAUGUUUGUACGCACAUAAAACAGGAAAUUGCUACAAAAAAUUUGUUUCAUAAAACCUUGCAUCUGUAUACCUGCCCACUGUUUAUGCUUUAAAAUUUACAAUCAUCUUGGAAAAAAAAGCCCAAAGUAAAAAGACCUUUUCUUUUGACUGGUUUGUUCCAACAAAUGUCCAUAAAUAUCAUGACCAUAAAUAGUCAUUGCAAAUGACCACAUAUGUAUUAAAAUAUGAGCUGUCCCAUUAAUUUCUGAGUGAAGUAGCAUUGAUAGUGGUGGACAGAAAAGCUAAAAAGAAAGAGAAAAGCGUUGCUGCAAAUUGUGCUUUUAUGUUGGCUUCUUAAUUCGCUGUGUAAGGAAUCUGAUGCACUCAAUAUAAUUAUGUAAUUAUGUUAACUAAUCCAUCUAACAUGAUGGCUGGGGUUAUUAAGCUCAAGUGGAGAGGUGCAUGUUGGUCUGUCUAAUCAUUUGACCGACACAGUUUCAGGAGAAUGGCUCUUUGAAGUUUAAAUAGGCCCCUUAGCCUGCCAUCUUGUAAGAAAAUUUUUGCAGUAUCUAAAAACAUGUCUUAUUGUUCAGGUGGUGUGGUCUUUUAACAAUACCAAAAUCAUUGUUGUACUAUAGACAACGCAUAAACAUCUGUUGAUGUAAUUAUGUACAUGUGUGAAAUUACUUCACAGCUGCUUGCAGAUUGUAAUUACUCAAUUAAUUCUAAUAUAUAAUGCUUUACAAUUUCAGCUAGGGACUUAAUCUGUAUUAAUACUGUGCAAAGUUAAUUGUGGAAAUAAAUAUCAAUACAAAAAAAAACUAAUCAAACACAAAUUAACAAAACUCAUAAAAAUAAUGUUAUGCUUUAAUGCUUCUUAUGUCCAAGAAGCCAGUAUGCAAUUAUGGAGCAUGAUUAUUUGAUAUGAAGUGUAACCCUGAUUCCUACUGUUUCUAAAAUUUUGUGAAUGGCUCUAAACGUGAGUCAAAGCUUCCAUAAAUAUACUCGCAAAUACCCACCAAGUAUUUCUUUAUGUGUCAUGGCUCCUCUAUAGGAGGUUGUGUACACACAUUCCAGAUCCAUUUUUAUGCUUAUGCUGUCUUUAUAAAUGAGGCCCCAUGUCCGAAAAGAUUAAUAUAAUGGAUUACAUUUUGAUUGGAUUACAAUUCAUACGACCUUAGCCUCUAUCGCCUGAGAGACAUGCAGCCUUGCCAGCCUUGUGUCCAGUGAAACUCCUCAUAUUUAUUUAUUUAUUUGUGUGUCGUAUUAUGUCGCAAUGAGAGUGUGGUAUUCUUGUUUGAGCACUGAAGAAAGACAUUAAAGGAAAAAUUGGACUAUGUAAACAAUAUUAUACACUAAACCUGCUGAGCUUUGUGUAUAAUCUGUGCAUAAAAUUAUUUUGAUGAAAAACA